CCCCUCCAUUUAAUGUCACCAAAAAUAUAUAGCCGUUGCUGAUUAUCAAAAAAAAAAAAAGAAAAAAAAAACGCAGCAAAAGCUUCAUAUAUUUCCUAUAUAUAUACUUAUUUUCUUCUCUAUUAGCUUCAAAUCUUUUUAUUUGGUUCCAAUUCUGAAAAAAUUAUAGCAAUUUUCUGCUUUUUAAAAAAAGAAAAUUCAUAAUUUCUUGCUUUUUUCAGGUAUUUCUUAAUGAUUACUAUUCCAUUUUCACAUGCUUUGGAUGCUACUUUAGCCAGAGAGAAAUAAUCAUAACAAUUUGCAUUUUCACCUCCUUGGUUUUUGCUUUCUCAUUCUCUCAUUCUCUGCGGGUUGAUAAAUGAAAAAGGGAGAGUUCUUAAGUGUUCCAGUAAGCAAAGAACUGAAAGAAGUGAACUUGGAAGCAGAAGAGUUUUGAGGAGUGCAGAUCUAGAAAACGAGCUUAAAACCAUAGAUGUAAGGAGGGAACCGGGAAAGUAGCAGAAACAGCUCGUUUUUUGCUUCAGUUGUUGGUGAGACUUGAGAAAGAAGAGAUGAAAGCUUUAUACAUUAUCUCUUGGAUUUGCUUCUUGGGUUCGGUUUUGUUUCAGGGAAAUGCAGACCUAGUUGAAGAUAAGCAGGCAUUGCUUGAUUUUGUUAACAACCUGCGCCACUCUCGUUCUCUAAACUGGAAUGACACUUCUUCGGUUUGUAAAAACUGGAUAGGAGUGACUUGUAAUGCUGAUGGCUCUCAGAUAAUAGCCGUUAGAUUGCCUGGAAUCGGAUUACAUGGCCCUAUUCCUGCCAAUACUCUUAGCCGCCUCUCGGCUUUGCAGGUUUUGAGCCUUAGAUCCAAUGGUAUCAGUGGUCACUUCCCUUCUGAUUUCUCAAAUUUGAGAAACUUGUCAUUUCUUUACCUCCAAUACAACAACUUCUCUGGUCCAUUGCCGGUGGAUUUCUCUGUUUGGAAGAAUCUAACUAUUGUUAAUUUGUCCAACAAUCUAUUUAAUUCGAGUAUUCCUAGUUCACUGUCGAAUUUGAGUCACCUUGCGGCGUUGAAUCUUGCACACAAUUCACUUUCUGGUGAAAUUCCUGAUCUGAAUUUGCCUAGCUUGCAACAGAUAAACUUGUCCAACAAUAAUCUCACCGGAGUUGUUCCAAAGUCGCUUUUAAGAUUCCCGAGUUUGGUAUUUGGAGGUAACAACAUUUCUUUUGAAAGUAUCCCUCCUCAAACAUCCCCGUUUGUCACACCCUCUAGUGAAGCAUUUCAGACAUCCAAGAAGUCUGGGAGGCAUGGAGAAACUGCAUUGUUUGGAAUAAUAAUUGCUGGUUGUGUUCUGGCCAUUGUGGCGUUUGCAUUUCUUAUAAUUGUUUGCUGCUCAAGAAGAAAGAGUGAGGAUGUGUUUUCACGGAAGUUGCAAAAGGGAGAGAUGUCACCAGAGAAAGAGGUCGCGAAGAGUCAGGAUGCAAACAAUAGAUUGUUCUUUUUUGAGUGUUGUAAUUACACAUUUGAUUUGGAGGAUUUGUUGAGGGCUUCUGCUGAAGUAUUGGGGAAGGGGACUUUUGGUAUUUCUUACAAGGCAGUGCUAGAGGAUGCAACCACAGUGGUAGUGAAGAGGUUGAAGGAGGUUAUUGUUGGGAAGCGGGAUUUUGAGCAACAGAUGGAGGUUGUUGGAAGUAUUAGACAUGCGAAUGUGGUUGAGCUGAAGGCAUAUUACUACUCAAAAGAUGAAAAGUUGAUAGUUUAUGAUUAUUACAAUCAGGGAAGCGUUUCUUCUAUGUUACAUGAUAAGAGAGGAGAGGACAGAAUUCCUCUAGAUUGGGAUGCCAGAAUGAAAAUAGCAAUUGGAGCAGCAAGAGGCAUUUCUCGCAUACAUAUGGAGAAUGGUGGCAAGUUCGUUCAUGGUAACAUCAAGUCCUCAAACAUUUUUGUCAACUCCCAACAGUAUGGUUGUGUGUCAGAUCUUGGUCUGUCAACUAUAAUGAGCGCACUAGCCCCUCCCAUCUCCCGAGCUGCUGGUUAUCGUGCCCCUGAAGUGACUGACACCAGAAAAGCUAUGCAACCUUCUGAUGUCUAUAGCUUUGGAGUGGUCUUACUUGAGCUCCUUACGGGAAAGUCCCCUAUCUAUACUACUGGUAGUGAUGAGAUUAUCCAUUUGGUCAGGUGGGUUCAUUCAGUAGUUCGAGAGGAGUGGACAGCUGAAGUUUUCGACAUUGAACUGAUGAGAUAUCCAAAUAUAGAAGAAGAGAUGGUGGAGAUGUUACAAAUAGCAAUGACAUGUGUUGUGAGGAUGCCGGAACAGAGACCUAAAAUGCCAGAACUAGUUAAAAUGAUAGAAAACGUCAGGCGGAUUGAUUCUGAGAAUCGGCCAUCUUCAGGAAACAGAUCUGAAAGUUCAACACCACCGCAACAGUGAUUGGGAGAGAAUUACAAGUCUCACAAUGAGUCACCAAGUCCCUCUAUUAGUCUUUUUUUCAAUUCUUUUUUUUUUUUAAAGUUCGUUUUGCCUUUUUCAAUGAACAAAUUCUGUUGAGACUUUUAUUAGUCUGAUCCUGUUAAGGUUGAGUUGGGAGGCUAUGAACGUGCUAAGAUACGAUCUCUCUCUGCGUCUAUGAAUCUUUUUCGUUUCUUUGUUACUAAAUGAAAAGAGCAUUUUAUAUGAAAGAUAAUUGCACAUUCACCCGUUGCUGUCGCAUUGGUUAGCAUUUCACCAAGGAAUGACUCUAAUAUCAUUUGUUUGGACGUUGGAGUGCUCGACACCGAACCAUAUCCGUAUCAUUGUUCUCAGCUUUUACGUUGUUGCAUCAAAGAGAUCCAUUAGGAAAUGGAAAAUAUGAAAAUGGGGGUUGAAAAUUUGACAAGAGAUGAAAUGAGAGACACUGUUUCUUAAUUAGCUACUUGAUGUUGGGAU